AUGACUCGCUGGUGCCUCAAGCUAGCCACCUAUGAUUACAAUUUGGUGUACAGACCAGGCCAAAAACACCAAAACGCAGACGCUCUCAGCAGACUCCCACUGCCAGCACAGGUCGAUGACCCUUAUCCGCCAGGAGACGUGCUCAUGUUGGUUUCCACGCCAAGCCUUGAACUAGCACCAAACCAACUUGCUGAAAUGACCCGACAAGACCCAGUGUUGUCUCGAGUGAAGGCAGCUGUCGGAAGCGGCGAAUUGCGCAAGCUUGCCAAUGAAGAGUUUGCAGCAUACAGAAAGCUCGGGGCCGAACUCUCUAUUCAGGAGGGCUGCCUUAUUAGGGGCUGCAGGGUGGUCAUUCCUGCAAAAGCGAGAAAGUGCGUGUUGGGCCUGGCCCACGAAAACCACAGAGGAUUUGUCGCCAUGAAAGCCUGCGCUAGAAGUUACUUUUGGUGGCCAGGUGUUGACAGCGAUAUUGAAGAGGUGGCAAGGAACUGUGUAAUAUGUCGCCAGCACCCAAAGGCACCAGGGAAGGCACCUAUGCCUCAGUGGGAGCGCGCAACGACACCUUGGCACACCAUUCAUGCGGACUUUGCUGGCCCUGUGGAGGGGAGGAUGUUGCUAGUGGUGGUCGAUGCGUACACCAAGUGGCUGGAGGUGCGCUGCAUGCGCAACAUCCAGAUUACCACAUUGAUCGAGGAAAUGCGAAACCUUUUCGCAACGUUUGGGCUCCCCAAAAAGCUAGUGACGGACAAUGGCCCGUCUUUUGUUUCCUCAGAAUUUGAGGAGUUUUUAAAGAAGAACGGGGUUACACAUGUCACAAGCGCCCCCUACCAUCCCGCCACUAAUGGCCAGGCAGAGAGGAUGGUGUCCGAAACAAAACAGGCGUUAGCCAAGAAAUAA